UAGCCAAAUCAAUACAAGAUUUUUAAUACAAACUUUUAAAACAGAGUUGUAAAGGGAAAAAUUCGAUAAGUUCCGAUUGAAAGUGCAAUCGCUGUUUGAGUGAAACAACCCCUGAAUCAGUCAUUUCAAAACGUCGAUCAACGGUCACACUGCGACUUUGGCGACUUAAAAAACACCCAAGAAAAUUGAUUUUUCGCUCAAACCGAAAGCAACACCUUUGGGCAUCAAAUAGAUUUCUCGGAAUUGAACGCGCACCGCUAGGAAACAAAGAAAAGCCAGCAUGGCAGCAUCGCAGGUUGACCAGAAACGAGCACUUAACAAAUUAAAGCACGACUUGGAGCCUUUCCGGACAGCCAUCGUGGGAGCGUACGGCGUGCUAACCUGGGAGAAGCAGUACUACGCCGGAGUGGUGUUUGGCGUCAUCAGCUGCCUGUACCUGGUGCUGUGGUACCUGGACUUGUCGCUGAUUACCCUGCUGUCGCUGCUCGGUGUCAUUAGCAUUUUGCUGAACUACGCAUUCCCCAUGGUGUCGCGCCUGAUCUUUGGCGGAGUCAACUGGGAUGGCGACCAGGAGGCCAAGUUCGAGGACGUGUGCGGCCAGGUGUGCGCCGUCAAGGGCAGCCUGGUGGUCUGGUACGAGUACCUCUUCAACGAGCGGAAGUCCACAGUGUUUGUAAUCGUCAUGAGUUUGGGUCUUUUGGCUAUGGCCUGGAUUGGAGCCAUCAUUAACAAUCUACUGCUUAUGUACUUGGCCACCCUACUCAUCCUCAUGUGGCCAGGACUACAGAACAAGGACAUUUUUAAGGCCAUCACCCAAAGGGCCUCGAAGAUUAUUAACGAGAAGAUCCAGUGCGGCAAAAGGAAGCUGCAGUAAAGGAAAGCAACCAGAUAAACUCAUCACCAUUUGACCAAAAAUAUAAAACAUGCCUAAGUCAUCUACUUGCCAUUAUGCACACAUCGCAUCACUAAAUCACACAUUAGGCGCAUUGAAUUUGAAACUAUAAAUAUCUUAAAAGAUAAGAGCAGCGCAUACAGAAAAAAAAAACUCGGAAAACUAGCAAAUCCGUGGUUCUGGCCCCAUCACAUCUCCUACUAUAAGUUUGUAACAUGUAAGACAGAAGUAUUCUCGAAACGAGGCGUACGGAGAGAGAAAAAAACGCGCAACAAAAGACAAGGCAUUUUUGUGAUUAUUUUGUGAGUUAAUUGAAAUUUAUGAUAAUCCCAAGUAAGAUAAAAAAAGGAACUUAAGCGUCUAAUGAACUAUAUUUAAAUAAAGAUUUCAACUAAAUAGAUC